AUGCCCUGUGGGGAGGAUUGGCUCAGCCACCCGCUGGGCAUCGUGCAGGGCUUCUUCGCUCAAAAUGGGGUUAAUCCUGACUGGGAGAAGAAAGUAAUAGAAUAUUUUAAGGAAAAGCUGAAGGAGAAUAAUGCUCCUAAAUGGGUCCCAUCACUGAAUGAAGUUCCUCUUCAUUAUUUGAAACCUAACAGUUUUGUGAAGUUUCGUUGCAUGGUUCAGGAUAUGUUUGACCCUGAAUUUUAUAUGGGAGUUUAUGAAACUGUUAACCGAAACACAAAAGCACGUGUUCUUCAUUUUGGAAAAUACAGAGAUGUAGCAGAGUGUGGGCCUCAGCAAGAAGUUGAUUUAAACUCUCCACGAACUACUACUUUGGAGAGGCAGACAUUCUACUGUGUUCCAGUGCCUGGAGAAUCUACAUGGCAUAAUUUUAGGAUAGUGUCCAGGUCAUGGAAAUCUUUCUUUAACCCUUCAUGUAACGCCUAUGUUAAUGCCAACCAAGCUCGAGUCAGUCCUUCAACAUCUUACACUCCCAGCCGUCACAAGAGGAGCUAUGAAGAUGACGAAGAUAUGGAUCUGCAGCCCAAUAAACAGAAAGACCAGCAUACGGGUGCCAGACAAGCAGGGAAUGGUGGUGGUCUUCAAUGGUGUGGCGAGCCAAAACGCUUAGAAACUGAAGCUUCUUCUGGACAACAGCUGAGCUCCCUAAACCUCUCUUCUCCUUUUGAUCUGAAUUUUCCAUUGCCAGGAGAGAAGGGUCCUGCAUGCCUCGUGAAAGUCUAUGAAGACUGGGAUUGUUUUAAAGUAAACGAUGUUCUUGAGUUAUAUGGCAUACUCUCUGUAGAUCCUGUGCUAAGUAUACUGAAUAAUGAUGAAAGGGACGCCUCUUCGCUGCUGGACCCGAUGGAAUGCACGGACAUGGCUGAGGAACAGAGGGUGCACAGUCCUCCUGCCUCCUUAGUGCCAAGAAUCCAUGUGGUCUUAGCCCAGAAGCUGCAGCACAUCAACCCCUUACUGCCUGCUUGCCUUAACAAGGAGGAGAGCAAGACCUUUGUUUCUGGUUUCAUGUCCGAAUUGUCUCCAGUCAGAGCAGAACUGCUUGGGUUCCUCACUCAUGCCCUUCUGGGAGACAGCUUGGCCGCUGAGUACCUUAUAUUACAUCUCAUCUCUACAGUAUAUACAAGAAGAGAUGUUCUUCCACUAGGAAAAUUUACGGUUAACUUGAGUGGUUGUCCACGGAAUAGUACCUUCACGGAACACUUAUAUCGAAUUAUUCAACAUCUGGUUCCAGCAUCUUUUCGUCUACAGAUGACUAUCGAGAACAUGAACCACUUGAAGUUCAUUCCCCACAAAGACUAUGCAGCCAAUCGCUUGGUCAGCGGGCUCCUGCAGCUGCCCAGCAACACUUCGCUUGUAAUUGAUGAGACUCUCCUGGAGCAGGGGCAGCUGGACACACCAGGUGUUCAUAAUGUGACUGCCCUGAGCAACCUAAUAACUUGGCAGAAGGUGGAUUAUGACUUCAGCUACCACCAGAUGGAAUUUCCCUGCAACAUUAAUGUUUUUAUUACUUCAGAGGGGAGAUCGCUCCUGCCGGCAGACUGCCAGCUCCACUUACAGCCGCAGCUACUGCCGCCAAACAUGGAGGAGUACAUGAGCAGCCUUCUCUCGGCGGUGCUGCCCUCUGUCCUGAAUAAAUUCCGCGUCUACCUGACCCUCCUGAGGUUCCUGGAUUACAGCAUCUCUGAUGAAAUAACCAAGGCAGUUGAAGAUGACUUUGUGGAGAUGCGCAAGAACGAUCCUCAGAGCAUCACUGCUGACGAUCUCCACCAGUUACUCAUCGUAGCUCGGUUUCUGUCUCUGAGUGCUGGUCAGACUACGCUGUCAAGAGAACGAUGGCUAAGGGCCAAGCAGCUGGAGUCUUUAAGAAGAGCCAGGCUUCAACAGCAGAAAUGUGUCAACGGAAAUGAACUUUAA